AUGAUGUUUUUAAAUCGUACAUCUGAAUCAAUCUUAUGUCGUUCUUUUCCUAACUUUUUGGACGGAGCUGCUUUACUUCGGUUUUCUAGUUUACCUGCAGGAUCAGUCACUAACUUCGACGAGUUCGUUGAACUAUUCAUCAAUCAUUUUGCAGCAUCAAAGAUCUAUGUGCAUAAUUCUGACUACAUCAGCACUAUCAAACAAGGCCAGUACGAAAGUCUAAAAGACUACAUGACAAGAUUUGCCAACAUUGCAAUGAAGAUUCCUAACCUUAGCCCUGACGUACACCUACAUGUCCUGAAAAGCAGCCUCCGCCCGGAAAAGUUCCAAGAGACAAUCGCUGUCACAAAAUUCAAAACACUAACCGAAUUCAGGGAUAAAGAGGCUAGACAAAUAGAGAUCAAAGAGCUCAGACAAGCCAGGAUGGCCGAGAGACAAACACCUAGAAGGGAUGAGGACAAGCACAGAAGGCCAAAUCAAACGUGA